GGCGUUGCGAGCUUUUUCUUCCUGGAAUCGAUGUUUAUGGUGGGAAAACUGCUACGUUUCGGAUUUUUUGUGCUUGGAUUGUUCACUUCGUCGCAUGCAUGGGAGCAGUGGUUGUCUUGGGUCGGAUAUGAAACCCAAACUGAUUAGCUCAAUUGAUGAGCCACUAAGAGGACAGAAACUUCAAGUUCAGACAGUGUCGAAACCUAGCAUAUCAGACGAUUUGUGGACCACCAGCACAUAUGACAUGGACAAUAGUGCAGUUCAUUCACAUGGAAGCAUCUCAUCAAUCAGCACAUCAAAUCAGACCCUUGAUGCUCCUGGCACUAGCAGUGCAAACAUACCUUCUGAAUUCAUAAAUCAUGGCAAUAAUGACUUGGCUGUAGGUCUUCUUCUCUGGAACCAAACUAGGCAGCAGUGGUUAGGAAGCAAAAAGUCCAAUAACCGAACGCAGCUUCGUGAACCCAAAUUAAGGUGAGUUACCUUCAUUAUUUGGAUUGGUCUAGUAACCUGGCCCUAGAUCUGGAUGUUUGUUGUGAAAGCAAUUGAUCUAGCUUUUGUCUCUGCAAAUUAUCCUUUAACUGCAUCUUUGAAACAUAGUCUAUUUUACAACUGUCUAUCUGAUAGGCAGGGACAGUACUACACAGGGGCCACGGCCUCCCUCAUCUUUUGAAAAAUACCUUUUAACCCCUUAAGUUUUCAAAAAAUUCUAUGCUU